AUGGCUACUUUCGGAACCGCCCCAGCCUUCGACGCAGACGUGGAACCAUGGAGUCACUACGUUGAAAGGUUAGAACAGUACUUCGUCGGAAACAAGAUUACAGACGGGAAUCAGCGCACCGGUAUUUUUCUCUCGGUUGUGGGACCGAAAACCUACGGGCUACUUCGGAGUCUCCUGGCCCCGGCCAAGCCGAGCACAAAGACCUUCGUGGAACUAGUAGCAACACUCAGCAGUCACUUCGCCCCGAAGCCGUCUGAAAUUGUGGAACGUUUCCGUUUCAACUCUCGUGUCCAGCACGAGAACGAAACUGUAUCUACAUUUAUCGCUGAAUUGAGAAAACUAUCUGAGUUCUGCGAAUUCGGAACCACUCUGGAUACGAUGAUACGGGACAGGCUGGUAUGUGGUGUCAGGGACAUUGGCAUACAAAAGCGAUUGCUUGCUGAGCGGGAGUUGACCCUGGAGAAAGCUACUACACUUGCGUGCACCGUAGAAAUGGCAACCAAGAAUGCCAUGGAACUGAGUCAGCCUCCGGACAACUCAGUGAACCGGAUCAUCAACCGAAAGGGUCAACAACGUCCGGUUGGUCAAGAGCCUAAAGGAACCCCACCAAGACAGGCAAGUCGGAAAUUUAAGUGCAUACGUUGCGGAAGAAGCGAUCACGGAGCACCAGCAUGUCCAUUUAAGACUACUGAGUGCCACCGCUGUAAAAAGAAGGGACACCUUGCAAAGAUGUGCUUGUCAGACUCACAACAACCAAGACCACGAGCACAUGGUCGGACGAAUGCUAUUUCAACAGAAGGGGCGACCUCAGAGGCAAGCCUUAACCUGCAUGGAAUCCAUAGCGUCGACACCCAGGCAACCCCGCGUCCGUGGAUAAUCACCACUCGUUGGAUGGGCAUCCCGGUCGACAUGGAAGUUGACACAGGUUCGUCUGUUACGUUGAUACCUGCUAGCACGUACAGGAAACAUCAAACCUCCUGGCCAACGUUAUUGCCAUGCCAACGCAAGUUAUCAUGCUACAUGGGUCAGCUACCAGUGCUAGACGUUCUGAAAAUGGAAGUCACUUACGGACACCGGACGGCAACAGCUUCGCUUUACGUCGUUGACCGUGAGGGCCCAAACCUAUGUGGUCGUGAUGUAAUUGCAGCGCUGGAUCUGCUUACCGUCAACGUGAAUGCUGUUGACAGCGAAGGCAAGGUGACCAAUCUGAAGCAGGAAUUCAAAUCCUUGUUUGAGCCAGGCAUCGGUCUCAUGGUAGGUCCACCUGCUCAUCUACAUUUGAAGCAAGGCAUAACGCCCAAGUUCUGCAAAGCAAGAUCUCUUCCGUAUGUAAUGCGCGACAAAGUGUCUGCGGAACUUGAUCGGCUGUGCGAAGCGGGAGUGCUCACACCGGUGACCCAUUCCGAAUGGGCGACACCUAUCGUGCCCGUCAUGAAGAAAGAUGGCACAGUGAGAAUAUGCGGCGAUUUCAAGGUUACGCUGAACCAAGUCUGUGACGUUGAACAAUAUCCUCUUCCGAAGAUUGAGGACAUGUUUGCGUCGCUUAGUGGAGCGGAGGUGCACUCUGACCCGAUGUUAUGGGCGCCCCGAAUGUGGGCCUCUCCAUGUGGAAUGCACCAUUGGCGUGGGUGCCGAGACUAUCGUCUUUUAAACCGCAUGUCUGCCACACAGCACUCCUCCCUGACUCCGGUUCGUCCACCUAGAAGAUCAGGACGAUGCAGGAGGUCACCACUACGCUACGGACAACCGGUGACAUACUAA